CCCCUUUCCCACUCUAUAUCCCUCUCCUUCUCAGCCUUUCUUCUUCUCCCUCCAUACGAGCACAGAGCGCGACGUAAUGUUGCCAGAUCGUUCGCGUCGGCGCGGUUAUGGAGUAAAAGAGCGACGUUGCCAAAGCAGCAAAGGGAAAGAGAGAAAGAAAGAGAAAGAGAUAGAACCGGUGGUAGCCACGAGGAGGAGCACGGUCGGUUCGACCGAACCAACAGUCAGUUUUUGCCUCUGGUACAUAGUGGGCAACGCUGCUCGUGACGGAACUCACGAGCGUGUCAUGUCACACGCGUGACAAGAGUGUAUCGCCGGAACUGUACGGCGGGACAGAGACUGACGAAGAUACAGAAAGAGGGAAAAGAGGGAAAAGAGGGCUCAACGAGAAAGAAAGAAAGAGAAAGAGAGAUAGAGAUAAAGAUAAAGAUAGAGAUAGAUAGAUAAAUAGAAAGAAAGAUAGAAAAGGUGACUUCUCGUGUGCGUGCGGUCGUUGUGCCGUGGCGGGUUUAUUUAUUAUUUCCCCGUGUACGAUUUUAGGCUCGAAAAUAAAUCGAAUUGUUAGACCACGCACGCACAAUUAUGUUACCAGCUCGACACGGCCACAGCAGUAAUAGUAGUACCGUCGCUGCGACCAAUAAUAUCGUCACCACCACUAUAACCAUCAUUAACCUCGCAUCAAACAACAACGACGACGACGGCGACGACGACAACGCCGAUGAGAACGGCAAGCUGCCCGCUUUAAGAUCACGCGUAGGAUUUUUUGCAAACGGUUAAGAUAUCAGGGUGACCCUGUUAAAUAUUGCCGGCUCACUUUUAAAUAAUUCGCUUUUCCGCGGCCACGUCGUACAUUUUAAAUAGGUCUUAGGAAUGAGGAAGCGAACUUUGGCAAGGGUUUCGCGGUGGUGGUUGAUCUUACUGUUCGUGGUGGUGCGCGUCGAGGGUACGCAAUCUCCUUCAUCGUCUUCUACGAUCUUGGGAAAGAGAUCUACGACGGAGCAAGAAUGUGCCGCGGGUUGCGAAUGUACGUACAGCGAAGGGACGCAUCUCUUAUGCGAGUCGCGCAGUUUCCUUGGUCUUGGAAUACCGCAAGAUGCGGACACCGUUACUCUGAGGGGUGUUCGAGCUGCCGCUAUUACAGUCGCGGCAUUGGAAACAUCAACUGCGCUGAGAAGUCUCAUCUGGACAUCCAGUGGAAUCGAAAGAAUAGAUCCUGGUGUAUUUCGAGCGACGGAAUUCCUCGAGAGACUCAACUUAGGUGAUAAUAGGCUGAAGGAACUGCCAUCGGACGUCUUCCACCCAUUGAGCCGACUACAGUACCUGAAUCUCACCGGUAACCGGUUGAUCACCCUACCGCAGGUUCUCUUUCAGGGCCUCGAUAAUCUCCAGGAGAUACGUCUAGCGUCUAAUCAUUUGUCCGUACUGCCCUUCCAAGCGUUCGGUCCAGCGAAGGGGUUACUUCGUCUGGAUUUGAGCCAAAAUCUGUUGGUGUCUCUACCGGAUCAUAGUUUUAGGCCCAACAAACAAUUGGAAGAACUUCGACUGUCAACAAACAGACUCACGAAAUUACCCUCGAGAGUAUUUUCCGGUCUCGCUUUGUUAAAAGUGCUUGAGUUGGCCGACAACGAGAUAGAUGUAUUGCCACGUGGUCUUUUCGCCGAACUCUCAUCUUUGAAAUAUUUGGAUUUAGGCGGCAAUCCAAUCUUUCGCUUGACGAAUGCAGCAUUUCAAGGUCUCUCCAGUUUACGAUGGCUUAAUCUCGAGAGGUUACAAAUCUCCAAUAUACCCGAAGAUCUCUGGCGACCAACAAGCAAAUUAAGAACUCUUUUACUGUCUUAUACUCGCUUGGAGAUACUUCGAAAUGAAAAUUUCGCAGGAUUAUUGGAAUUGGAGACUCUUGAAUUGACGAACAGUCCGUUGCGAGAAAUAUCGCGACACGUACUAGAUGAUACGCCGUCCCUUCGAAGAAUAGAUUUGCGGGACAACAAUUUAGCUUUCCUUCCGGCCAACGUUGCUCAACUACAGCAUCUUGGAGAACUGCAGCUUCAAGGGAAUCCAUGGGCCUGCGAUUGUCGAAUGUUUUGGUUUGUUAAAUGGGCAGAAAGCAGAACUCACUUACGUGCAGCUUUUAAAAGUGGCCUCAGGUGUGGACACGAAGUCAGCGGUACCAUAGAUACCUUGCAAACUCUUCGUUAUUUAAAUUGCACGCCACCGAUUUUGGCACGAACAUCUUCUACUGAUCAGUAUCUACUGCUAAGUUCGGUCUUAUUGGAGUGCGAGUUUAAUGGCAAUCCAGCGCCGUCCUUGACUUGGGUCACUCCAAAGCUCAAGGUUUUUCACUGGACCCCCGAUCCGGCAUUCCCCGAUGCCUUUGUAGAACAUCCUCAUAUACACGGAUGGAAACUGGACGAACCGGUCGAUGACGAUGGGAGGAUACGCAUUCUGGAGAACGGCUCUUUGUAUAUUAGCAGACUACUCAGGCAAGACGUUGGGUUAUACAAAUGUUUCGCCGUUAAUCCUAUAGCAAAUGCAACGACCUAUAUUAUGCUGGAAAUGGAUCCUGUAACACUUCAUAAUAUUCAAAUCUUCAGUAUAGUCGUGGGUGGAGUCAGCGCAACGGCCUUCCUCCUGUUGACCCUAGUUUUGCAGUUGAUUCGAUACUUUUUCCUCAGGUGCGGUUGUGUAAAAUGGUGUCUUUGCUGCAGGCGCGUGGGUGCGACACCGAGAGCAAAACAAAUUUAUCAGAUGUUGGAUAACAUUGAGCAGUACAAGAGUCAACAACUUGAGAGGCUGCGUGAAAAUUAUACUCAACAAGUGCACAGAAUCAAGGACAAUUGUGUUCAGCAAGUCGAAUGGAUUCGAGACAGUUACGAGGGUCAGAUGAGACACAUACGUGACAUCAGGGACUAUGGCACCAGUCAUCUCACGGCACUAAGAGACCAAUAUUACGAUCAGGUGAAAAGAGUACGAGAUUAUUCAACGAGUCAGCUUAAUUGGGUACGAGAAAAUUAUGUCUUCCAACGGAAUAAGAUUCGCAAAUUCAGUGCUCAUCAGGUACUACGGUUAAGGGAGAGCUACAAGUAUCAACAACAAACGUUAAACAAAGUAUUGGAAAAUCUGCCAAACCUUUAUUUCGACAAUUGUCGAAGUGGUUCAUGCGGAAAAAGCGAUUCCGUUGUUUUUGACAAUAGUAAAGAGGAUGGUUAUGCAGGACCGGACACGUACUUCAAAGCAAAAAUCAACGACAUGACGGCGGGUACUAGUUUGGAAGAUAUGAAUAGCGAAUACUAUACACCUACGGAAUUGUCCUCGGUCAGUCCGCACGGCCUGGACACCUUGGAAGGCAUUCAUAUAAAUUAUAUCGAAAAUAACGGACCAAGGGCACCGCUGCAAAUCAUACUUCCGCCGCCUUCCCCAAUCGUAUUGCAUUCCAUAGAAGAGUACGGAAGCUCUACGUCAAUUUGCAAUGUCUUCGAUCAGAAUAAACCAGUUUAUAAAGGUUCCAGUGCAGAGAAGAUACUUGCAGGAGAACCACGAAACGUGUCGGAGGUUCUCGGACUGCUAGCACCGUGCACCAGUUUACCAGAACUUCCACGUGAAACAAAACUUUAGCCUAUCAGGAGUGAAGAAAAACGCUGGAAACAUAAACAACCAACACCACUACCAGCAUCACCACCGCAAGUACUACUAUUAUUACUACAAGAAGAAAUACACGAUUUUUCAUUCGACGAUGGAAUUGACGCGAGAAGAAGGAGGGUGUUGUUGUAUUUUGUUCGGUGAACAUUUCUAGAUAUAUGGAAAAUAAUAAUAGUGAGAAAAACAAAAAAAAAUGAUUAAAUGGAAGCUGUGCUUUCACAAUGGCCAUUGUUCAAAGUUGUUCCCGUGGCGCUUAAUCGCGUUUAUCCUCGUCAAGAAUUCAUACUGUGGAACGUUGGCUCCUACGAAUUUCAACAAAACAAAACAAAAAAAAAAAUAAAGAGAAAAGAAGAAGAAGAAAAAAAAUAAAACUGAUAUGAUAACAUCCAACUACAAAUUCGAGGUGAACGAACUUCAGUGCCAAGGAACCCGGAACACACACGUUUCCUGUUCUUUAUAUUAAUUAUUUUUAUCUUCUUUUAAUUUUCAUUUUUUUGUUUUGUUUUUUUUUUUAAUUUUUUAUUUUUAUCUUUCUUCCGUGCGUUAGACGAUUUAACACGUCCGCAAAUUCGUGUAAUGUGUGCGCGUAAAAACAUUAUGGAGGACUUUUAAAUGAAUUAUAACGAAAGAGAGAGAGAGAGAGAGAGAGAAAA